GGGAGAGAGAGCAGUUGGAAAAGUUAGUGCAACAGAGCUGAUGGACUUAGUCCAGUAAGAGUGACAAGGAACACACACUCUCCUACUUCGGGCUGAGAGGAGCAAGCUGACCAUGCCGUUGGACCUUCACUGCCUUUAAAACCCCAUGCUCACUGAGGAACCUACAUCCACUUCUCUUAACAGAGAUAUCUACUGAUCCUCUAGGUUCAUCAAAGCCCAAGGACUUUACAAAACUGACCACUUCUCUUAAACUCCUUAAAAUACUAUUAAAUUCUCUAGAAGACUAAAAAAAAAAGAUCUGCUAAAACCUCAAAAGAACAUUUUUACAACACAAUCGAAGGACUAAUCAAAUUUAAGGGAUUCUUUCUGUUUUCACUGAAGGUCAUAUUUGGGUUUAAUUCUAAGGACUUUUUACUUUGUUAUUUAUUUAUAUCCUUAAGAAAAGGGCUUGGAGCAACUGGUACUUGUCUAAGUUCUGAGGCAAGGCUUCACAGGCUUUGCGUCGCCACACAAACAGAGGUGUUUAAUUGAGGGCUUGAAGAGUAAAGACCUUUCCACUGACACGGAGGACACACUAACAAAGAGAGACAGUGGGGGAUUACGACAGAGAGAGAGUGGGAAGAGGAGAGAGGGAAACCCCACCAAGCAAUCUCUCCAAAUUGUGAUGACUCUUUUCACAGGGGCACUUUGCACAGUUUUUCCAGGACACUGACGGAUUUGAAGAGGGUGCUGUGUGAUAAACUGGAAUUUGUGUGGUAAGGUUCAGGCCUGUGAGGUGUAUGUGGUCAUGGAUCUUCUAGUGUGGCUGAUGUUGCUCCUGGUUAGUGGACCGUUCCCUGAAACAGAGGGCAACACUCAAGAGUUUGACAGCAGUAAUAAAGGUCCUGAGGUUGAAUUUCUGUCAACCUCUCGAAAACGGCGGGCCCCCGAGCCUCCUCCACAAGACAAGUGUUCCUACACCUUCAUCGUACCCCAACAGAAAGUUACUGGAGCCAUCUGUGUAAACUCCAAGGAGCCUGAGGCUGUGCUGGAGAACCGUGUCAAUAAGCAGGAGCUGGAACUUCUCAAUUCUGAGCUCCACAAGCAAAAGAGACAGAUUGAGACUCUACAGCAGCUUGUAGAAGUCGAUGGUGGCAUUGUCAAUGAGGUGAAGCUUUUACGUAAGGAAUCCCGUAACAUGAAUUCCAGAGUGACCCAGUUAUACAUGCAGCUACUGCAUGAGAUCAUUCGCAAGAGGGAUAACGCACUGGAGCUGUCGCAACUGGAGAAUAAGAUUCUUAACCAGACUUCUGAGAUGCUGCAGCUCACAAACCGUUAUAAAGAUCUGGAAUAUAAGUAUCAGCACCUUGCCUCACUUGCUAAUAACCAGUCAGCUCUCAUUGCCUUGCUCGAGGCGCAGUGUCAAAGGGGACCACCAAUUGUAGUGCCAAGGGUACCAGUCCAACCUCAGCCCCAACCUCAUCCCAGACCCUCACCACCCAUCAAUAAGUCCGUCCAACCACCGACCUAUAGCCGCAACAACCAGAUCACCAAUGAGAUCCAGAGCGAUCAGAACCUUAAAGUGCCACCUGCUCCACCUCCCACCAUGCCAGGUGGAACUCACAGCCCGUCUACAACAAACAAGCCUUCAGGUCCCUGGAAGGAUUGUCUGCAGGCUCUGGAGGAUGGCCACACUAACAGCGGCAUGUACCUUGUGAAGCCUGAGAACACCAACAAGCUGAUGCAGGUGUGGUGUGAUCAAAGACAGGACCCUGGCGGCUGGACAGUCAUCCAAAGAAGAAUGGAUGGCUCUGUCAACUUUUUCAGAAACUGGGAGACAUAUAAGCAAGGUUUUGGAAACAUAGAUGGAGAAUAUUGGCUGGGUCUGGAAAACAUAUACUGGCUAACCAACCAGGGAACCUAUAAGCUGUUGGUCACCUUGGAGGACUGGUCUGGUCGCAAGACAUUUGCAGAGUAUGCAAGUUUCCGCCUGGAGUCUGAGACUGACUUCUACAAACUGAAGGUGGGCCGUUACCAUGGCAAUGCGGGCGACUCCCUAACUUGGCACAAUGGAAAGCAGUUCACCACUCUAGACCGGGAUCAUGAUGUAUACACAGGCAACUGUGCCCACUACCAAAAGGGAGGCUGGUGGUAUAAUGCCUGUGCCCACUCAAAUCUGAAUGGUGUGUGGUACCGGGGAGGGCACUACCGCAGCCGAUAUCAGGACGGCGUGUACUGGGCUGAAUUCAGAGGAGGCGCCUACUCCCUCAAGAAGGUUGUGAUGAUGAUACGCCCCAACCCCAACUCUUUCCACUAAGCAGCACACAAACACAGGAAAUGAACUGUUCAUUGCACCCCCUUGGUCCCUUUUCACCCUAUAAAGUGCAAUUCAUUUAGACUGUGGUUUUUAAAUUGUUUUGCUAUGCAUAGCUAGAUAAAAUAUGUGGCUAAAGGACUGAAACUGCAUGGGACAAAGAACACCAAAGGAAUGCCUUUAGUUUAUUGGAACUCACUUCCAUAAACAGAAAAGGAGGUGUUCCAUGGUUUGGACUAUUUACCUUCUUCUAACCAUUUUUAAUUAAGAAGUAAUUUUAACAAAAAGAUAUAAUAAACGUGAUUUGCUUUUCCGCCAAAUAUUCAGUGCAAUUGUGACUCUGUUGUCAGUUGUCUUGAUUAGAUUUAUCUUGUUAAAUAGGCCAAUUGUGUAGAGAAAUAUGAGCAGUACUCAUUAAUUGUUACAUAUAAGACACAGGACAUUCAAUCCAGUGAUAAAGAGUUUGUGCUUUCGUAGUUUUUUCAAAGCUAAGUUUCCUGAUGAGAUGAAUGACUCAAUGUAUUUCAGGGAUAUCAUUUUUUUAAAUGCAUAUAAAUGUUAUAGUUUAAAAUUAUGCAUAAUUAAACAUGCAAACACAUCUUAACUCAUUGAUUGCUCCGUCUAAAAACUGUAUUUACUGUGUAAAUUGUUGGUAUCAAAUGAAGACCCAACACAUGAUAUGUAAAUAUAAAUGCAAUAUAGUUGAAAAUAAUGUGUAAUUUGUAAUAUACUGAAAGUGUAACAGAUUUCCACAAGUAUUGUCAAACUGUUGCAAUAAUAAUGUACAGCUACAUGCUUUGUGGAUGGUUUAAUGCACAUCAGUGUACAUCACAGAGUUGUAAUGGUUUGGCAUAUACUGAAAUGAGAACGUUGUGUGGCAAAAUAAAAACAGUACAACACACACGCAAACUAGUAAUGCACUAGUAAUACACUUACAAUGGAAAUUAGACUAUUGUAUAUGAUGUUUUAAAAGCAUAACUGUAUAGAACUAAUUUUGCUUGUAAUGUAAUUACAUUCAUUUUUCAGAGAAAAAAAAAUCUCUUAUUUUUCAAAGUUGUUCUAAAUCAUCCAUAUGAGGUGGAACUACUUUUGUAGGUGGAGGAACAUCUUGUUAUGCGUUCACAAUGUUUCCUGUUACCUCUAUGCAAAAGGAUCUUUGCGAAAAGUUACAUCAAGCUGAAGUUACCAGGCUUACAUGGUCAUGAAACAAGUUGAAAGAUUGUACAUAAAUUUGGAGAGACAAGGUUGGCAAGUUAUUUUAUAACACUAGUCUCAUGCUAACACUUGUACUGAUUAAGUGUUAUGCCUAUACUUUUGAAACAGUACGAUAACUGUAAAUCUAAAACUUUUGCUUUGUUGCUGUAAAAUCACCUCAUAGACUUCUACUGUAAAUACAGUACUGUAAACACACACACAUAUAUACACUACCGGUCAAAUGUUUUGAAACACUUAUUCAUUAUAAUUUUUUUUUUUUUUCACAUUUUAGAAUAAUAGUAAAGUCAUUAAAACUAUGGAAUAACAUAAAUUGAACUAUGGGAAUUAUGUUGUGACUAAACAAAACCCAAAAUAAAUCAAAACUGUGUUAUAUUUAGCAUCUUCAAAGUAGUCACCCUUUGCCUAGAUUUUGCUGACAUGUACUCUUGACAUUUUCUCAACCAACUUCUUGAGGUAUCACCCUGGGAUGCUUUUUAAACAGUAUUGAAGGAGUUCCCAUCUAUGUUGGGCACUUAUUGGCUGUUUUUCUUUAUUAUUUGGUCCAAGUCAUCAAUUUCAAAAACUUUUUUUUUUUUUUUUUAGAUUAAAUUUUAGAUUUAUAAUGAAAUAAAUUAAUAUGGUGGCACAAUUAUAUUUCUGUCUACAAAACUAAUUUAAAACAUUUAAGCACACGCCUUCAGAUCAAAAGAGUUUUAAAAUGGCAGAUUUGAAACAUCAAAACAAUGAAAAAAUGACAUACAUCCCCUGUACUAUACGUAUUAUAAAAUAAA